AUGUUAUGUUUUGCAAGGUUCAGCCUUGAUGUCUCUGAGAUGGAUCUUGCAACUGAGAGGGAACAGGAAUCAGAGGAGACUCUUAAAAUUUCUCGACCAUGGGUGACAAAGGCAAACUUGCUCAUUGAGCCAGAUGAUGGGAACAUCUGUCUUCAAGGGGAUGUCAUGGAAAACAAGGAUGUCGAUAGUACUGGGAAGAGGAUCAGAUCUAAGUCAAUGCCUUCAACAUUGGAUAAGAUAUCAGCACCUAGGAUUUCCCGAAGCUUGGAAUCCUCCUGCCCUGUUAUUGAAGGCAUUCAACCACCGCAGAUGGAAACCAUUGAGAAAGACCAUGUGGAACCGACUCAUGUAUUAUUUGUUCAGCAAGUUCUGCAAGAACUGAAACAAUAUCACGGGACAGAAGAGGCAGCCAAACCUGAGAAAGUUGAAAAAGGAACUAAAGUGAAGAGAAGACUCAGCUCAUUGAAGAACAGAGUUACAGGAUCCUGGCAGAAAGAGAAGGGUAAGGUGAAAGAGCAGCUGAAAGAGAAGGGCAGAGAUCCAAAGGACAAGUGA